UUCCAGUGGGAUGGGGGCUUAUCACGGAAAACAUAGUUUUGAUACUUUUUCUCAUCAACGUCCCUGUUUAUUAAAAAGUUUGAAGAGAGAAGGUGCUAACAAACUCCGGUAUCCUCCCAACAGCCAGUCAAAGGUGGAUUGGGCAAAAUUUUUCGUGCUGAAACAGUUCAACAAAGGAAAACUUGGGCUUCUGUUGCUCACUUUCCUGGGUGUGGUGGCAGCAGUGGUUAUCAAGGCUGGAUACUACUGAAGAAUGAGUCUAUUCAACCUCUUCUACUGAAUUAUUCCUCUAUAAAUGGCUAAUGAACUGAUAAUUUUUCACUCCUACCAAAAUCAGAAAAUAUGCACAUAUGCCAUGAUGAAACCUAAAGUCAUUACCACUCACCUUUAAUAAAACUUGCCAUUUCAGCCAAGUCCUGACAUUCCCCAAUAAUAAGAAUAGUUAGAGAAUUUAUUCUAGAUGUGCUAGGGGCAGGAAUGUGUUUGGCUAAAUCCAGACUCCUUGAAGACUUGAACCUGCUCAGUGACUUUCAUCCCAAUUCAUAGGACAUCCAAUCCCCUGCCCCUGCUGCCGCCAUCAGAGUGAAGCUUUCAAGAGCUCAGUACUGCCCAGGGCUACCAGUAGUCCUCUGUAGUACAGAGAAGAAAGGUUAGUUAUUCCUAGUUCCCUUUGAAGUUUGCUGCACUAAAAUUGGGGUUGGGGGAGCAAGGCUGGGGUGGAGGUGGCCCCUCAUCCAUUGGGACUUGAGAACUUGACGUCCAGCAGUUAGAGCUCUUCAUCCUUUUUCAUUUGUUCUCUAUCAUGUGCAGGUAGUUGGUUGCUACAGUCUGCAGGGUUAUCCAUAAAUGCUCUUUGUGAAUAAUAUCACUCAAAAUGUCUUGUAAGCUCUAAGGGCUUGCUAGAAAAUCCUUGCCAGUUUCCUGCAAGUAUCACCUGUCUUUCACAUAACGUUGGACUUACAUCUUAUUGAAAUCUAACUAGCACUUUUUAAAAUGCUCUGAUUAAAGUAAGUGUGAAAAUAUUGCCAUGAGCAGUAGCAUAUGCCUGUAAUUCCAGCUACUUAGGAAGCUGAGACAGAGAAUUGCUUAAGUGCAGAAGUUCUCAGCCAGCCUAGGCAACAUGGUGGUCCCACCUGCAAAUAGUCUUCUCAGGACCCUAAAGUUGCAAGUCAGUGAUCUUCAAGGACAAGUAUUUAUUUAAUUAUCUGAUUUCUAGAGUACCAUACAAGUAAAUUUCACUCUUUUAAACCUCAGAGAGGUUCCUUUCUAUUCUGUUCAGCUUGCAGGACUUAAAAUGGGGGAAUCAUUUCCUGUCACAAAAAAAAGAGGCCUUGGAUAUUAGGACUUUGGGGCUUGAGAGCUUCAUAGGGAAGAGAGAGUAGAUAAUAUAGUGAAGUUUAGAGAAUGCUGUUUAAGUGAGUUGGCCAUACUAAAAAGAAUGGAAAAGGGUAAGAGGAUCUCCUGAACAAAUGGGUAGAUCUUCUCUCUAGAGCCUUGCAUCACCAAGGCCUGAGGUCCCUCAUCCAAGAGGGAAAGUGCCAAAGGAGGCCUAUGUGGAACGGGGUGUUCUCUCCAGGGAAUGUUAUGCUGUGCCUUGGAGCUCCUGGUUGCAGGACCUCAGUUCCUUUCCUUGAAUUUGAAAAAGAGACUUGGCCCACUCAAUGACAAAAUAUAAUUUGCACUAUCAAAUGUAUAAUCAAUUUUGUUAAGUAAUUUGUUCCAUUAAGGCUGUCUGCAGUAUGGUAUAUCUUUAUCAUCUCACAAGAAUUAAUCAAGAAUUAAUCACUGGCCUAAUUUAGGAAAACAGUUACUUAAACUGUGGUUCUGAUAGAAUGAUCAAUCAUAGAAUAUCUUACAUAAAAUUUCAAUAUGGAAUUCUCAUUUAGUAUAUUGUAUUUUGUAAUUUCUAGUUAAGCUAAAUUAUUGGCUUAUCUACUAAUAUAUUCUCUAAAAUAAAUGGUUAUAUUUCAUAAAACUGA